AUGGAUAAUCCUAUAAGGUUAGACCUACAAGACUCAUUGAACAAGUUCAAAGAGUACUUCAACAAGCUGGAUUUACCACUUCCGGCUCCAUUCUUGUUAGAAAAUGAGAGCGUGCCCCAAACGUUGAAUACGCUGGCCAUGUUGUCACUAAAUGACGCCCUGACAUUACCACUAUUAUAUGGCUUUAAACCUAUUUACAUUGACAUUAUUGGAAGACUAUUGUCCAACCAGGAAUUGGAAAACUCUUUUCGAACUUCCAGAAAAAGAAAUAUCCCUGGUUCAGAUGUUUUGGCUACUUCCGCUAGAGUGAUUCAACUGCUGGAUGGAGUGACUGUUCUCAUUGAUUCCUUCCUUAACAAACAUAACCCGUUGAAUUUUAUUUCCAACCAGCAAAUUUCCCAGGAAGAACUACAGACAAUUUUGAUUGCUUUUCACAGGUUAUUGGUCCAUGAUACACACAGAUUCAAAAAACACAUAGAUCCUGUAAUUCUCUAUCAGAGUUUGGAGAACCAGUCCACGAACGAAGUGAACAGAUAUUUAUUGAUCCAACUACUGUCUUCGGUCUUAAACUUUUCUGAGCAGGUAGUAGAUGAAAUGAUGAUUUCAUUCAACGUUCAAGAGGCCAAGGGAUCUUUGGAAGGUGAUAUCGAUGUAUCAUUUCGUUUCCUGAGCAUCUUGGAAGCUAAUAGACUUUCAAGAUUCACUUCUAUACCCGAACCUGAGUUUAAAGACGGAUCAUUUAUUGUGCAACAAACUCACCUUAGCUCUAAUAUUACAUCGGUUGGAGGAAUUCUUAUCCCUUAUUCCCACGUUUCCAAACUGAAUCAAGUUCCGGAUUUAGUUCCUAUCCAGAAAAGUUUGACAGCUUUGAAGAACAUGGCUAUUAAUGUUCAGCAAGGUUCCCCAUUCAUGAUCGUAGGGAAACCAGGCUCAGGAAAAUCCUUUCUAGUUAAUGAAUUGGCUAAGCAAUUAAACAUGGACACCUCAAAAGAUAUCAUCAAGGUGCAUCUCAACGAACAGACUGAUUCCAAGAUGCUUCUGGGUACGUAUACUUCAGGAACAACACCUGGAAGUUUUGUUUGGAAAGACGGUAUUUUGACCACCGCUGUUAAGCAAGGAAAGUGGAUCCUGGUAGAAGAUAUUGACAAAGCUCCCACCGAAGUUCUUUCGAUCCUCUUAAGUUUGCUGGAAAAGAAAGAGCUCACUAUCCCUUCCAGAGGUGAAGUAAUUACAGCAACUACUGGGUUCCAAAUCAUUUCAACUAUUAGGCAACCAGCCAACUCAUCCAUAAUUCCUGAUAUUAUUGGAAUGAGGUUAUGGAAGAUAGUUUUACUCCCACAGUUAGAGACAGAAGAUUUGUCGUCCAUUUUAACCCACAAGUUCCCAACAGUAAACAGAUUCCUCCCUCAAAUUAUUAACUGCUUCCUAAGGUGCACUGAAAUAUUUUCUACCAGAGGGUUUAUCACCAUGAACAAAGGUCAUCAGCUACGAAUCCUCUCAUUGACAGACUUGGUCAAAUUAUGUUCCCGCACAGAAAGAUUAUUGGCCUUGGCCGGAAUUACCAGCUCUGAUGAUCUUAUAGCUGAUGACGUUUAUGACUCCAUAUUCCAAGAAGCUGUGGACUGUUUCUGCAGCUCUAUACCGGAGCUACCAGCUCUGGAAUAUAUUAUUUCGGAGAUUGGGCUUUGCCUCAAUAUACCAUCUUCUAAAAUUACGCUGCUAUUAUCCAAGUAUGUACCAGUUUAUCAGGACUUGGGUGAUAGUCUAAAAAUUGGAAGAGCACACUUGUCCAAGACCAAAACAAUUUCCAUGUACAAAAAUAAUAACUCAGGCAGUUCCAGCUUUGCCAAAACCAAUCAUGCAUUAAGAUUAAUGGAGCAAAUAUCUGUUGCCGUUUCUAUGGCAGAACCCGUUUUGCUAGUUGGUGAAACAGGUACUGGUAAAACCACUGUCGUUCAGCAUAUUGCCAAACAGCUCAACAAGAAAAUAGUGGCUAUCAAUGUCUCACAACAAACUGAAGUAGGUGACCUAUUAGGUGGUUAUAAACCAGUCAAUACUAAGUUACUUGCAAUUCCCAUCCAGGAAACUUUCGAAGAGUUGUUUUAUGCAUCAUUCUCCGUCAAAAAGAAUGCCCGUUUUUUGAAGCUUCUAGCCAAAUGUUUUAACAAGAGCCAAUGGAAAAACGUUUUCAAGUUAUGGAAAGAGGCUCACAAAAUGGCUAAGAGUCUCUUUGACGAGAAUACCUCAAGCGAUGAUGAAUCAGGUCCUACUAAGAAGAGAAAGCUUAAUUCGACUGAAUCAAGACAAUUGAUGGACAAAUGGAAUCUUUUUCUGGAACAAGUUUCAGAGUUCGAAAAAACAAGUAACCAAACGGAGAAUUCAUUUGUUUUUCAAUUUAUCGAAGGGACUUUAGUGAAGGCUGUACGUAACGGGUAUUGGCUACUUUUGGAUGAAAUCAAUUUGGCCUCUCCAGAGACCCUGGAAUGUAUUUCUGAUUUACUCUCUACUCAAACUGAUGAUAGGAAUAUUGUUUUAGCUGAAAAGGGAUCCAUCACUCCUAUCAAAGCUCAUCCUGACUUUAGGUUGUUCGGAAACAUGAAUCCAGGUAAUGAUGUUGGUAAGAAGAACCUUCCUGCAAAUUUCCGCUCAAGGUGGACCGAAUUGUGGGUACAUUCCCCUGACUCAGAUAUUUCUGAUUUGCUGAUGAUCAUUGACAAGUAUGUGGGUAAGUACUCGUUGGCUGACGAAUGGGUUGGAAACGAUAUUGCGCAAUUCUAUUUAGAAGCUAAGAAGUUGGCUGAGGACAACAAACUCGUUGAUGGUGCAAACCAGAAGCCCCACUUUAGUAUCCGUACUCUGACGAGAUCCCUUAUCUAUGUGACAGAUAUAGUUUCCAUUUACGGAUUAAGGCGGUCGCUAUACGAAGCCUUCUGCAUGUCAUUCUUGACUCUUUUAGACGCUGAUUCAGAAAAAAUAUUACGUCCGUUGGUGAUAAAGUACACUAUCAGUCGAGUUAAAAAUUUCAGAAAAUUGAUCACUCAGUGCCCUCCCAAUCCCUCAGAUGUAAAUAAUCCUGAUGAGUAUGUGCAGUUCAGACAUUACUGGAUGAAGCAUGGACCAGGAGAGGUACGACCACAGCCUCAUUAUAUCAUUACACCCUUCGUUGAAAAGAACAUGCUAAAUCUUGUUCGUGCUACAAGCAUCAGAAGAUUUCCUGUUUUAAUCCAAGGUCCAACAUCCAGUGGUAAGACAUCCAUGAUUAAAUACUUGGCGAACAUAACAGGCCACAAAUUUGUCCGUAUUAAUAACCACGAGCAUACGGAUCUGCAGGAGUACUUAGGAAGUUAUGUCUCUGAUGACAAUGGAAAAUUGGCCUUCAAAGAGGGUGUUCUAGUUGAAGCUUUGAGAAAGGGUUAUUGGAUCGUUUUGGAUGAGCUGAACCUGGCGCCUACUGAUGUGUUGGAGGCUUUAAAUCGACUUUUGGAUGAUAACAGAGAACUUUUUAUUCCUGAGACUCAAGAAUUUGUAACACCGCAUCCUGAUUUCAUGCUUUUUGCUACACAAAAUCCACCAGGUAUUUACGGUGGCCGAAAAGUGCUUUCUAGGGCUUUCAGAAACAGAUUUUUGGAGCUUCAUUAUGAUGAUAUCCCACAAGACGAAUUGGAAAUUAUUCUAAAGGAACGUUGCCAGAUUGCCCCAUCGUAUGCCACCAAAAUUGUGCAAGUAUAUCAGCAGCUUUCUCUGCAGAGACAGUCGACCAGAUUGUUUGAACAGAAAAACUCUUUUGCCACUUUGCGUGAUCUAUUUAGAUGGGCUGAAAGAGAGGCUAUAGGUUACGAGCAGCUUGCGGCUAAUGGAUAUAUGCUGCUGGCGGAAAGAGUUAGAAGGCAGGAAGAAAAACUUGUGGUGAAAGAAACUUUGGAAACUGUGAUGAAGGUAAGACUUGAUAUGGAUCAGUAUUAUAAAGAAUUAGAGAAUCCGAAGAUACUACAAAUGGAAACACCUAUUGUUUGGACCAAGGCUAUGCGUCGACUUGCAGUUCUAGUGUCCACAGCACUUAAGAAUCAUGAACCCAUACUUCUUGUUGGAGAGACUGGAUGUGGUAAGACUUCUAUCUGCCAGUUGUUGGCAGAACUUUUGAGAAAAGAAUUAAUUAUUGUCAAUGCCCACCAAAAUACUGAAACAGGAGAUUUGCUGGGUGCCCAACGUCCAAUUCGUAACAGAUCAGAACUGCAAACAAAAGUUUCAAAAAACAUAACUGAUUUGUUCAACGAAGCUGGUAUCUCUUAUCACGAGUCUGCAACACUGCAAGAUCUUUUGGAUAUUUUUGAUUCUAUAAACAAAUUUGAAGGCAUUUCCGAAGAACGAAUUAAAUCCGUCGAGGCUCAGAGAGCUUCUUUGAAUAUUCUCUUUGAGUGGACUGAUGGUCCUUUAGUUCAAGCUAUGAAAAACGGAGAGUUUUUCCUAUUGGAUGAAAUAUCCUUGGCCGAUGAUUCUGUUCUGGAAAGAUUGAACUCAGUGUUGGAACCUGAAAAGACCCUUCUUCUUGCAGAGAAAGGUGCUGAAAACUCUUUCAUUCAAGCUGACAAAGGAUUUGAGUUCUUAGCUACUAUGAAUCCAGGUGGAGAUUAUGGAAAGAAGGAGCUAUCUCCAGCUUUAAGAAACCGUUUCACUGAGAUAUUUGUUCCUUCCAUGGAUGAUUUGGAAGACGUUCAUCGAAUCGUUGCUUCAAAGUUGAUCGAAGAAGCUUCUCAAUACGUGGAAGCAAUAGUUAAGUUUUCCGAAUAUUAUGCCUUGAAAGUGGGUAAUGGUAACAGGACAAACGGAGUCAUCUCAUUACGUGAUAUUUUGGCUUGGGUUAAUUUUAUUAAUACCACAGUCAGGAAGCGUAACGUCUCCCCAGAAGCAGCUUUGAUUCACGGGUGCUGUUUGACUUUUAUUGAUGCCCUCGGUACCAACAACACUGCAUCGUUCUCAGAAAACCCUGAUAGUUUAGCUAAAAUGAAGUUAUCUUUUGUGAAAACUAUAUCUGAGCUUUCAGGGAUGAACCUUUUGCCUUACUACGAAGAAGAAGUUUCGGUAGAAUUAUUAGAGGAUCGGGUCAAGUUUGGACAAUUUUAUUUGCCUCGUGUACCUUUAACGCAAGAGUCAGUCUCUUUUAACCUAAAGGCUCCAACCACUGCUAAGAAUGCAAUGAGAGUGACAAGGGCACUUCAAGUUCAUAAGCCUAUUCUUUUGGAAGGAAGCCCUGGUGUUGGUAAGACGAGUCUGGUGACUGCGCUUGCAAAGGUUACUGGAAAUUUACUCACUCGUAUAAAUUUAUCAGAACAAACGGAUUUGUUAGAUUUGUUUGGCUCGGAUGCUCCUGCUGAAGGCGGACAAACGGGUGAGUUUGUAUGGAGAGAUGCUCCAUUCUUGAGAGCUAUGAAAAAGGGGGAAUGGGUAUUGUUAGAUGAAAUGAAUCUAGCCUCUCAAUCGGUACUAGAAGGUUUAAAUGCCUGUCUAGAUCAUCGAGGCGAAGCAUACAUUCCUGAAUUGGACAAGACUUUUCCAUGCCACCCAAACUUUGUGGUCUUUGCAGCUCAAAAUCCUCAGUACCAGGGAGGUGGUAGAAAAGGUCUUCCAAAAUCUUUCAUUAAUCGUUUUACCGUUGUUUAUGUUGAAAUGCUCUCAGAGCAAGACUUAAACCUUAUUUCUCAGCAUCUUUACCCAAAGAUUGAUCCCGAGAUCAGUGCUAAACUUAUCAAGUUUAUCUCAUCUUUGGAGUCUGAGAUUGUGUUGAACAGAACAUGGGGUUCCGAAGGUGGUCCAUGGGAAUUCAAUUUACGUGAUACAUUGCGUUGGUUGCAGCUAUACAGCGAGCCUACUGUUUCAACAACUGUGACCCCUGGAGACUAUUUGGAUAUAGUCAUCGGACAAAGGUUUAGAAACGAAAAAGACAGGACUCAAGUUAAGAAGCUCUUUACUUCUGUCUUUGGCGAAAAGCCAAAGAGACCUUCUUUUUUUGCAUUGUCCAAAACUUUUGUCGAAAGUGGUAGAAUUGUCUCCAGAAGAAGGGAUCUGAUACAUUCUGUUCCAAACCAGAAACUAUACUCUUUGCAGUGCAAUUAUCCUAUUUUGGAAUCAUUGUUGAUUUGUAUUAAUCAUGCCUGGCCAGUGAUCCUUACCGGAGCCACUGAUUCAGGUAAAUCAGCUGUUAUUCAAUAUGCAGCAGGUCUUAUUGGAUCCAAUGUCCACCAAUUUUCAAUGAAUAGUGAUAUUGAUAGCAUGGAUAUCUUAGGAGGAUAUGAGCAAGUGGAUCUGAUGCGUGGUGUUUCUUCGAUUUGCAACAGCAUCAAUUCAUUACUUCUUGAUCUUGUUGCUGUUUCCCUAAAAGACAGGUCGGUUUCGACUAGUGUGGCUUCAAAUAUCUUGUCCCUCCUUCAAGCGAUCUCGUCAAAUACCGUAAACACUGAUAAUUUCAAUGUUUUUGUUCAAGACCUGAGUACUGUGGCUGCUGUCAUUGCAUCUCCUGAAUUCGAUGAACUGAUUCAGGAAUGUAUAUUAUUUGAAAAAAAGAUUCAAGACACCAAGACUGUUAAGUUUGAAUGGUUUGAUGGUCUGUUGGUUAAGGCAGUUGAGCAGGGUGAUUGGCUGAUUUUAGACAAUGCUAAUCUAUGUAAUGCCUCGGUAUUGGACAGGCUCAACUCAUUAUUGGAACCUAAUGGUGUUUUAGUGGUCAACGAAAGUAGUUCUGUAAACGGGGAACCAAGAAUUAUCGUUCCUCAUAAGAACUUCCGUUUGUUCAUUACAACUAAUCCAAAAUAUGGUGAACUAUCUAGAGCUAUGAGAAACAGGUGUAUUGAGAUUUUCUUACCAUCACUUGAAGUUCGUGCUUCCAAGUAUGAUAGAACAUUGCUUGGUGACGAAUAUUCUAAAGAGUACAACCAAGCCCAGACUUUGGAACAGGAAAUUGCGCACUUGGAGAUUUCUAAGGCAAAUUCAGUUCCUAUCUCUAAGUUUGUGAACUUAUUGAACUCUGAAAGCAUGAAUUUCGCCAGACUAGUUGAUUUUAUUAUUCAGUCUAGCCACCAACUUAUUUCACCAGCUGUUGCCUUUUCACUGUUGCAGCUAGCAACUACUCAUUCUUUUGAGAAACUUUCAGACACCAUAUGUAGUAGUCUGUGGUUUUCCAGGAAUGUAAAAGCCAACUGUAACAAGAUUUCAGAUUACUUGAGUCAAUUCAAAUUGCUUGGGUUGAUGGGUAAUGUUUUCAAAAUCUACGAUUCAGCAAUUGUGCCUGCUUUGAACGACAAGGAUGCUAUUGAUUAUCAGAAGACUCAAUACUUGAAUCCCACAGUGAAUCCUUUUUUACUGGACUCCAUCAGUCGGAUAUAUCCUUACGUUGAUUCUGUUGAAGCCAACCUUAUUUACGUGGUUGGAAGUUUUUUGGUACAAGCUGAAAGAACACUAUCAACAUUGGUCUCCAGAUCUAUCACGAAGAAACUGAAUGACUUGAACUAUCUUGAGAGAUCAGCUGCUGUCAAUAAUGGACGUGAAGUCAGGAAUGCACCACCAAUCAACAUUUUCAAAUUUUUAAAAGAUAUACAGAUUUUCCUUACCAAUUCUUUCAUUGAAGCAGCUUCUUCGUUGUUUUCGACCAGUGAUUUUUAUACCGACAUUUUUGAACUACAGGUUAUCUGGAUCCAGUUGUAUGAAUUGGUACAGAAACAAGAUGAAGCCAAAAUCAGAGUUUUCCAGCAAUUGGUAACUUCUUGGUUUCAAAAAUGUUCCGGUAAUCCAGUUGUUUCCUCUUUAGCUAAAGAUUCAACGUCAGAUUUGAAUGAAUUCAACUCGUCAUUGGCUUUGACUAGAGGAUUUUCAAUUGAAAAGAUAUGGGAGAGUUUCCGGACCACUUAUCCGUCUUCUGAAGUGUCUUGGAGCAGCUAUGAAGCUGUGUGCAAGCUGUCAAAGGAUUUUGACAGCAUUGCCCAAGAACAGUUUUCGGAGAAUGCUAAUAUGGUUCAACAGUUAAGGUUACUGUUGAUUGAGCUGCAUUCUGAUUCUUUUAAUCUUGAUAUUGAAUCCGAAGAUUUCGAUGAAAUGCAGAAGAAGCUAACUGAGGGAAUAGAAAAAUUUCAAGAAGUAUCUAGUGGGUUUAUUAACAAGAGGAAACAUACUUACAGAUCGUUGUUCCAAUCUCUACUUGCAAUGUCAAAGUUGCCAGUAACUAAGGAUGAUGCUGGCCCGGAAUUUUUCAGAAUUGCCCAUGAAGCAAACAUGUCUACCGAGUUGCUAUUCAAAGCUUUAUCUGAAGAUGAUCUGAAACCUUUCCCCAGACUGUUCCACUUUUUGUGGACUGAUGAAACUGGAGCAAAGUCUCAUGUAUCCAAAUUGUUCACUGAUGAACUUUUCAGAGAAAUACUAACUUGUUCUUUCACCCUUACUGAAACUGAAGGAAAAGAUGUUGCGCAGAAUUUGGUUGACUUCUCAUUACUGACACAAUCAUUGAUCAAACAAUCGCCUAGCAUUUUGGAACACAAGUUCUCUGUCGUUGCUUCACUUUUGCGAAAAUGGACCUUUUCCAUCAUAUUAUCGCAUACGAGUAAGAAUUCCAGUGAAUACCAGUUUGUUCAAUCUAUUAGUACAGCGCCCAGUUUGUCAGAAGACGAUAUUUCAAAAGUGGCACAGAUUUAUUCAGGCUUUGAACACCAGGAAGCUCAAGUGUUUACAGAGUUUAUUCAUCCAGUUUUAAUUGCACUGAAUUCCACUUUAGAUUCUGGAAGUCUUGGUAAAGCUUUUGUAUCAUUUGCUCUUGGAACCAUUCAACUAUAUGUUCCAAGCAGCCCUCAUGAUCCUGCGAUUACUGAUCAUGUCAUAUAUGAUCUGUACCAUGAACAGCUGAAAUUGGUAUCCUCUAUUUGCGAGUCCCUUGACACGGCAGCCCAUGUCUCAGGCUUUGAUGUGAAUGCGUUCUCAGAAAAAAAUAGAGUCAGCAUUGAGUCAUCAUUGGUUCCCUCAAAGCCUCAAGUUUACCGACCCAAAUGCUCUAUCGACGCUUUAUUUGAGGAUUGGAACUCAUUUGUUGACUCUUCUGCUGCUACUCAUCCAGUUCAAAGGUUGGUACAGUCUUUAGAAGACUCAAUGGAGCUUUUUUCAAAGAAGGUUGAUAUGUUUCAAAGAAAUGCCUCUCAGUUUUUGGAUAGAUUACAGAGAAAUCACUCCAGAUACGCAGAUUUAAAUGAUAUUCUAGCUGGUUACAUUUACAGUUUGAAGUUCGGAUUUGAUCUGCUGAACGUUCAUGCUUCAGUCCCUUCUGCCCCUCUCGAUGUUCUCGCUCCGAUUGAUGCUACGGUACUAUCUUCAGCCACUGAUAUUGUGAGCUUUUUUGAUCCAAUUAAUUCAUAUUUGAAGAAUCGACCCUUGAACGAAUCAGAUGUCGAAUCAGUAUACGUCUUCUUUAUGAAGAUAUAUUUUUCUCAUGCAGAUGAAGCGUUAGACGACGUAUUAAUCAAGAGUUUCCAGGGUCUUUACUACAGAUGGAGUCUAUUUAAUAUCAAGAAAAAGGAAGAAGAGUCUCUUACAAACGGAGUUUUCAAAUAUGCUGCUCCUGAGUUUGACGGAGAAGAAGAAUACAAAACUAUGUUUCCUGACUAUGAGGAAGUAGUGGAUUAUCAAGAGAAAGUCAACACAGACGUUUCCAAGGAUGACGUAUACUAUGAGGUAGCCUCUGCCUAUAUCGAGGGAUUUGCAGGCAAAAGGUCGGAUCUUAAUAGUCUGAUCAGUGAAGGUUCUAAAAUUUCUCAACUUCUGAAUCUUGGGUUAAACCAUUCAGCAGGAGAUAUUUCGUCUUCCAAACUGGCUUCUUUAGCUGUUCUGGUUUCUAACUCUUUGAAUGAAUUCAAUAAGCCAGCUCAGUUCGACAACUUCUACUUCGGUUUCUCUUCUUCUCAAACAAAGUUGGCCGAUUCAGUCAUUCAGAAGUUACAGUAUAGCAUCUUACCCUUGCUUAAGCAGUGGCCAGAGCAUGCUGUCUUGCAGCAAAUUCACUCACUUUGCGAUGAUCUACUCAGCUUCCCUGUGAAGACCCCAAUUGCUCAAUUACUACAAAAAGUUGAGCAUAUAUAUGUGGCAGUUGCAGAGUGGGAGAAGUAUGCUCACAGUAAAAUCAGCUUGAAGGCCCAUAAUGCUGAUGUUAUCAAUUUAGUCGUUUCUUGGAGGAAACUGGAACUAUCUUCAUGGCAAAGUAUUUUUGAAGAUGAGGACAAGAAGAUUGAGAAAAAUAUUGGAAAGUGGUGGUUUCAUCUUUUUGAACUCACAAUUCUUCCAAUAAUUAAAGAGGAAUACGUCGAUUUGUUCAGUAUCGUUACAGCCUUAAAUGUAUUCCUCAGUCAGACCACCCUAGGUGAAUUUGAACUUAGAGUUCGACUGAUUGAAGCUUUUGCUAACCAUGCAAACAUGAUGGCUCCUCAGUCGAAACUAGCAAGCACUUUGAAUAACAUGGUCACUUUUUACGAGCAAUUUUUACCUAAUAUCCGGGAUCAACUUGCCGUAAAGCGCAGAGAGUUGGAGAAGAAGGUCAAAGAAAUGAUUAUUUUGACAAGCUUUAAAGAUGUUAACGUCCAUGCUUUGCAACAGUCCUCAAGACAUUCUCAUGCUAAGUUGUUCAGAAUCGUUAAAAAAUAUCGUGAGCUAUUAGCUGUGGGAGUCUCUGGAGUCAUUGAAUCAGGGCUUUCCGCAAACACAAAAGUCGUUCUUAAUGCUCCAGUCUUCAGCAAGAAACCUUUUGAUCGAGUUAUUUUUGAGAAAGCAGCACAAGAAUGUUUAAAGAUCCCAAGUUACAAUAGACGCCCUGAAAUUUUGAAGGGAACCGUCGUUUUAGACAGAGUCUCAUCUCUAAUCCAAACUGCUGAUGAAUAUGGAAGUUUCACAUUGUAUGAAUAUGCUAAGGAAAUUUUACAGGAGAUGGAAAGACUGAAAAAACAAACCCCCAAUGAAGCUACCGAAGAAAACAAAAAGAUUGUUGGUCAACUAAAAUCUCAAAAACGUAAACUUCUCAGUGAUACUUUAAAAGAAGUGAGACGGCUGGGUUUAAAACUCCAUGUAACUCCCAAUGUCAGCAAGGAGUUGGCCUCUGUUAAUCAAAUUCUGUCCGAUGCUACCUCCUUCCGAAAACUUGAAAUUGCGGGCACAGAUGGGUACUUCUUUAGAGUUCUGGAUUUAUUCCCCCGGUUAAGGGCCAGCGUUGCUGAGAUGAACGAAGAGGUACCUGUCAGUGAUGGCCAAAAGGCCUUAGCUGCUGUUGAAAACUUGAUGUAUCAUGUUCUGAGAAGUCGUAAUUCACUUAAUGCUUUAGUGAACGCAAAGAAUGAGAUUAGUUCAUAUCAAAAGGAAUUUCAAGACAUGUCUUCUUUAGAUGUUAUCAACCCUGCCAGUCCAUGUUCUGCAUCAAGUUUCUUGGCUUCCAAGUCUGCGAUCAAGUCUUGUUUCGAAUGGAUACCAAAAAUUUUGAAUUUUGCUUCGACUGUUCUUCAGAGUUCAACAGCUCUUACGGGCUUGAAAUCAGUAGACGUUUUUGGUUCGUUUGGAAAUGAAUUUGAGAAAUUCCAGUUGCACAAUAAGAAUCUUCUUACAACUGAAGAGAUAUCAACUGUGAAUUUGUUUAACAAGAAAGUUGAUGAACUCCAUGAGAGACUCUUAUUAUGGAAAAGAGAGAAUCCAUUGUUGGCCUUUGUCGCUGAUCUGGUCAUACACUGUAUUACCUCUAAGAAAAACAUUCGACUUGACACAUCUGACUCCUUUACCACAACAGAUUUAGACACUUUGCAACACUUGUUUUCAGACCUCACAAAGUCCUUAAUUGUUGUAUUUCAAAAGUUUAUGGAUCUCUACAAAGUUCCUAUUGUUGAAGAUGAUGAUGGCUCUUUCAAAUCUACAUACCAGAAUGUGAGCAAGGAAGUCAAACUAUUACAUUCUAGUGCCAUUUUAGGUAAAAUCCGAUUACUAUUUGAAAAGCUUCAAUCAAUAGGAGCUACCGAUUUCAAGUUUGCUACAGCCCUUAAUGCCAAUAUUUGUCCGUUGCUCACACAAUAUUACAAUCUCAUUUUGACUCUAUUAAACAAGCAACAAGAGCUAUAUGUCAAGAACUCGCAUGCAUUGUUUAUUCUAACAAAUUGUGUCUACACUUUGACCAAAGAAGGUUUCUGUUCACCUCAAUCACCGGAUCAAACAAACGAUCCAGGUAACAUGCAAGAUGGUACAGGUCUUGGUGAUGGAGAUGGAGCAACUAAUUCUAAGGAUAUUGAUGAUGAUGAAGACUUUUCCGAGCAGGCUCAAGAAGCCAAUAAGGAGAAGGAUGACAACAAUGACGAUGAAGCUGAGGACAAAGAGGACGAUGCUGUCGAUAUCGAGGGGGAUAUGGCAGGAGAUCUUGAAGAAUCCAAAGAAAAGGAUAACGAUGAUGAGGAUAACGAAAAUUCAGAGGAUGAUGAGGACAAAGAAAUGGAUGAAGAACUCGAUGACAUCGACGAUUUAGAUCCCAAUGCUGUGGAUGAAAAGAUGUGGGAGGAUGAAGCCCAAGAAGACUCAAAAGAAAAAGACAGUGACAAGAUGCCAGAUAACUCCAAAAACGACGAUGAUAACAUGGAGGCUAUGGAAGAGGAUACUAAGGACAAUCAAAACCGUGAGAAUCCUAACAAGCAAGAUGAGAAUGAUAGUCUUGAAGAUAAAGACGAGCAGGAGGACAACGCUCAGAAUGAAGGGGAAGAACAAGAAGAAGAAGAAGAAGAAGACGUGGGUGAACAAGAAGACGAAGUCAAAAACGACGACGGCGAGAAGCUUGAUGACUUUGUUCCCGAUGUGGAAACACUUGAACUUCCAGAUGACCUUCAACUGGAAGGAGAAGACGAUAAAGACGAUACAGAGAAUGAUAAUGAAAGUCAACCAGACGAUGCAUUUGAUGAUCCCAUGAAUAUGGAUGUAGAGUUGGAGGAGAAUAACCAUAAAGAUGGAGAUGAGGAAGAAGAAGAAGAAGAAGAAGAAGAAGACGACGAAGAAAACGGAUCUGAAGAUGAAGGAAAUGAUGAAGUAGAGGCUCCAUCCAUGAGCGAAGAGAAAGCAGAAGAAGAGGCUCAGGAAGAAGGAGAUGAAAACAUGGGUGAAGAUAAAAACCAAAACAUUGACGAAGACCCUGCGCUGGAUUCUGAAACUGAACUUAAUCCAAUCAAGGAUGAGGAAGAACAAGAAGAAACAAACGAUCCAGCCAAAGAGGAAGAAGCAGUAGAAGGUCUAGAUGGGGUGGAUGAGGAAGGUGGUCAGCAAGAUAAUAUUGAUGAUGAUGCGGCUGUUAAACAGGAAGCUGGUAUAUCUAGUGAAGGAGCCGAAGCGGCUGCUAGUGAAGAACGAGAUGAUAUGGGCGCUUCGGGUGGUGCUGCAGAGACUCAAGCUCAGGAUGAAAUUGAAGAGAAUGCAGAUAACACGCAAGACCCUUCCUCCAACGAGGCCAAGGAAUCGUUGAAACAGUUAGGAGAUUCGUUGAAAGAGUACCAUCGUCGUAGACAGGAGAUCAAGGAGGCAAAUGACGUAGAUGAUUCUACUGAACAGAAUACCCAUAAUCAACCUGACGAAUAUCAACAUUUGAAUGGAGAAAACACCGAGCUGGAAACACAAGCACUUGGUGCUGCUGAUAAAGACCAGAUUCAAACUAUUGAUGACAAUAUGGCUAUAGACGACGAAGAGACUAUGACCGAAAACCUUGAUACUGAGCAAGAACAGAAUCCAGACAAAGAGAAUGACACUGCUUCUGCUGAGGACAUUGAUGACCAUGCUGCAGAUGGCAACCAAGAUAUGGAAGGCGACAACAGAAAGGCUACGAUUGGAGAAAGAAAGAUCAACGAUUUUGAACUAGGCGAACUUAUGGAAUUCAGCGACAACGAGACAGAAGAUGAGGCAGAUAAGAAUGAAAUUGAAGAGUUGAAUGUUUUAGAUAUGGCCAAUGAGGAUGACGCUGCACCCAGAACUUUGGAUGAGGCUCGUGACUUAUGGAGACAUAGUGAUUUAGCUACUCAAGAUCUUGCCGCUAACUUGUGUGAACAACUCCGUCUCAUUCUUGAACCCACGGUAGCAACCAAGCUUAGAGGUGACUACAAGACUGGUAAGAGACUUAACAUGAAGAGAAUCAUCCCUUACAUUGCAUCACAAUUCCGAAAGGACAAAAUAUGGUUAAGAAGAACUAAGCCAAGCAAGCGUCAACACCAGAUUAUGAUAGCCGUAGAUGAUUCGAAAUCAAUGUCGGAAUCUAAAUCUGUGGAGCUUGCCUUCCAUAGUAUAGCGCUUGUGGCAAAGGCCUUGACGCAGCUAGAGUCCGGAAGUCUCUCAGUAGUGAGGUUUGGGGAAGAUACUAAGGUUGUUCAUCCAUUUAAUCGGCCAUUUACCCCCGAGUCAGGCGCUCAUGUAUUCCAAUGGUUCGAUUUCCAACAAACGAAAACGGAUAUCCAAAAGAUGUGCUCUCAGACUUUGAAAUUGUUUAACGAAGUCAAGGCUGAUGCCGAUGACUUGUGGCAACUACAAAUUAUUCUGAGUGAUGGUGUGUGUGAAGAUCAUGCUACAGUUCAAAGAUUGGUGCGUAGGGCUCGUGAGGACAAAAUUAUGUUGGUAUUUGUAGUUAUUGAUGGAAUUAAUUCUAACGAAUCUAUUCUGGAUAUGAGCCAAGUUCAAUACGUUCCUGAUGCGAAUGGAAACAUGCAGUUAAAGGUCGAAAGAUACCUUGAUACCUUCCCAUUUGAGUUCUAUGUUGUUGUACACAACAUCAAUGAGUUGCCAGAGAUGCUAUCACUGAUUUUGAGACAAUUCUUCAGUGAAAUUGCUGGUAUGUGA